AAACUAAACGAAAUUCACAGAACCGCCACAUUUGCAUGGGGUCCUGGACAGCAACCACCCAUCAUCGCAGCCGGCACAGUAUCUGGAGCACUUGAUGACUCCUUUUCAAACGCGUCCGAACUCGAACUCUUUCAGCUUGACCUAACCAACACUCAAAGCGGACAAGGUCUUGCCUCGGCAGGAAAGGUCAGCACCAAUUCAAGAUUCAACACACUUGCUUGGGGACAUGCUACACCUGAAAAACCUUUUGGUGUGAUUGUAGGUGGCAUGGAAAGUGGUGAACUUGAACUCUGGGAUCCAUCUGCUAUUCUGGAUAACCAGAGUUCCGACGCGUGUUUAAUAUCAAGAAACUCGACACACACUGGCACUUUGCGUGGCCUUGAUUUCAGUCCUCUUCAGUCUAAUUUAUUGGCAUCUGCUGGUAGUAAUAACGAGGUUUAUAUCUGGGAUUUGUCUACUCCUAACAAACCUUACACACCCGGAGCACGAUCCAACAAACUCGACGAUAUUACUAGUGUAGCAUGGAAUAAUCAGGUCGCUCACAUCUUGGCUACUUCAUCUACAACUGGAUACACUGUUGUCUGGGAUCUUAGAAGCCGCAAAGAAGUUAUGUCAUUAGCUUAUGGUGGACAGAAUUCUGGAAGUGGUGGAAGCAGAAGAGGCACAAGUUCUGUCUCAUGGCACCCUGAUGUUGCCACUCAAUUGGUGGCAGCUUCUGAAGAUGAUAGUAGCCCAGUCAUCACUUUAUGGGAUCUUCGUCACGCCCAUUCACCAGAAAAGACAUUGACUGGUCACCAAAAGGGAGUUAUGGGUGUUUCCUGGUGUCGCCAGGAUGCGGAUCUGCUCAUGUCGUGCAGUAAAGACUGCAAAACUCUCUGUUGGAACCCUCGCUCAGGAGAACUCCUUGGUGAGCUUUCCCAGAGCACAAACUGGACAUUCCAGGCCGAGUGGUGCCCUAGAAACCCUGAUCUUUUGGCUUCAGCAUCAUUUGAUGGCAAGAUCAAUGUAUUUUCUCUUCAAGGCUCUAGCAACGACGAAACAGCAGCCUCGUCAGAAGAACAACAGCAACAACAAGCAACAUCCGACGAUCCUUUUGCUGGUAUCUCUGCCGCAGCCACUCCUCAGACACCUUCGUUUGCUCUCAAGCAGCCUCCAAAGUGGCUUCGUAAGCCCGUAGGUGCUUCAUUUGGCUUUGGUGGAAAGCUUGUU